CUUUUCCAGGGAGCCUCUUCCAGCUUAGUAGUGAAGUUUGCCGAUACAGAAAAGGAACGCCAACUGAGACGCAUGCAGCAGAUGGCCGGAAACAUGAGUCUUCUCAACCCUUUCGUGUUCAACCAGUUCGGUGCUUACGGAGCUUACGCACAGCAACAAGCUGCAAUUAUGGCAGCUGCGACUGCACAAGGAACUUACAUUAACCCGAUGGCUGCGAUAGCAACGCAGCUCCCUCAUGCAGCUAUGAAUGGUAUGGCGAAUUCAGCAUUACCCCCAUCAUCAGGUAACGGUCAACCCGUGAACGGCACAAUACCCAGUCUACCCUCACCCACCAUGCCAACUUUCAAUAUGGCGGCGCAAACCCCCAACGGCCAACCAGGAGGUCAAGAGCAAGUGUACACGAACGGCAUCCCCCCUCAAACUUAUCAAGCACACGCGCUGCACCUGUCCAUCCCCGCACAAGGUCUACCCAAUGGGGAGGCAGCGAUACAACACCCCGCUUACCAGGGGAUGCAACCGGCAUAUCCGGGAGUGGCAGCUUACCCCGCCGUUUAUGGUCAAUUCCCUCAGGCUAUACCACAACCGAUGUCAGCAGUGGCACCUGCACAAAGAGAAGGAUGUUCAAUAUCGGGUCCUGAAGGAUGUAACCUGUUCAUUUAUCACUUGCCCCAAGAAUUCGGAGACGCUGAGCUGAUGCAGAUGUUUCUACCGUUCGGAAACGUCAUCAGCUCCAAAGUUUUUAUCGACCGUGCCACAAAUCAGAGCAAAUGUUUCGGGUUCGUAUCAUUCGACAACCCCGCGAGUGCUCAGGCCGCCAUCCAAGCGAUGAACGGCUUCCAGAUCGGGAUGAAGCGCCUCAAGGUCCAGCUGAAGAGGCCCAAGGACGCCAGUAGGCCCUACUAACCUUGGCCCUCAGACCUAUGGGUGCCCCAGAUCAGGGUACUCAUCCGCCAUUAGUAUACACUAUAAAUUAUUAUAUUAUAUGAAACACUUAGUUUUACCAUGCGAACGCGUCCGGCAUUACUCCGAGCGCCAAAGUUCCACUGAUGAGCGAAAUUCGAUGGGGAUCUUUGUUUCGAAUCGAAGGAAAAAGUACGAGUGGGUGAUUUCUUGGUAGAUUCUUAUUAUUUCGAGGAUCGUUUCGUCAUUGGUGCAAGAGUUCAAACAACCAUGACUUUUGCUAUGGACAUAUUUUCAGACCAAUCAGAACGAUUCUACCUAUUGCAGUGGAUUAGAGAUAGUAUUCUUCCUUGACAUUGAAGUAUUCACAAUUUGUCUAGUGUGCAAACCUAAUAUAUUUCACGUCAAAUAAAAAUAUCAUCAACUCUUUUUCCACUUCUCAGCUGAUAUGUUGACCGAAGAAGAACAUCAUCAUCAUUCGCUCAUCCACAAUAGUCGACUUGAGGGAAAAUUAAAAAUGUUUAUGGUACUGGCGCAUCAAUGAAAUCAUCAGCUGCAUUUUUUCAGUCGCUACUCAUACAGUGGUAAUUCAUUUUAUGAAUACCAUGUAUAUGUUAUGGUGAAAGACAUUAGGUGGAAAUUGAAUUGAAUUGAUGUCAGAAUCAGAAAUCUGUCAUUGACAUUUACAAGACGAUAUUGAAUAGUCAAGAGAAGAACAAAAAUUUCAACAGUGGUCCUUCGUGCCGGAUUAUUUUCAGCAUACUGGGUGUCAGUAAAAAGGAGCUCCGUUGAACAUAUACCGUCAUAGCUAGAAUGUUUCUGAUUGGUCCAAAAAUGCUAUCUCGAAAUAUGGUUUCGCCAUCGUUCUCUCACUGGUUGAACUUGUCAUUUUGCAGUACGGUGGCGCCACCAAACCGUUUCCUACCCCCCGAGAAAUUCCAAAUGGGCUGUGAUUAAAUAACAAAUCAGUGUUUGAUUGUACAGGCCGUUUUGUAUUCUCGUAACGUGACAUAUAAUGUGUAUUUAUUUUGAAACUGUUCUAUAUUCGUUGUAAGUAAAUGUGUGUGUUAACUGUAAUUGAAUAAUAUGUAAAAAAAAUCUCUAGGGGUGGUGGUGCGUCCGUCUGCCCUGUUGCCAAAUCAGUCCGGGCGUGUCUCCUGUGAUGAUGCGUUGCUCGUCACAGCUGCUCGGAGUUUUAUUCUUUAGGGGAACGUGUACCGCAAGGUUCAUUUCGUACUGCUUUCUUUACAACUCAGUGAUGAUCGGUUACCUCCAAGUUCAAAAGUUAUCCAUCCGUUCCAAAUUCCAUCAAAUGCAUCCUUGGAAAUUUAUUUCAUUUCAGUUUUUCAGAAUUUUUUUUUCAUAUGACUUAUCGAGUGACUUAUGCCCCAACAAACUAUGCAAGUUCCGAAAAUUCUAUUUUAUUCAAAUCUCAAUAAUAACAGGACUAUGAUCAUUGGAAAUUGAUGUUCAACAAAAAUUUUUGAUAUUGUUUAGUCCCGGUUUGACUGUUUAAAAAUUGACAAUGACAAUAAACAUCGUAAAAAUUUUAUAUUAUUGGCGAUUCAUUGUCGAUUUUUCAAUAUUUUUCCUUUUAAAAGGAGUAAGGAAAGCUCAAAGUCAUCUCCACAACUUCAAUCAUGAUGUAGUUGAUCAACGGGACAUGUUUCGAACUUAUAAAAGUCCAUCUUCAGCCGUAUUUUAGAAAUUACUACAAGUGAAGGCAUGUCCAAAUAUACUCGAAAAAUUCGUUAUAGGUUCGUUAGGGUCUCUUUAUUGUUGAAAAGUUGACCCUAGCCCAAAAAUCAGCAUUCACAAAAAAUUUAUUAAUAGUUGAAAAUAUAACAGACUACUACAUCGGUACUUUGAGAAACUCUUAGAAAUGUUGAUGAUGUCCUGAAACGUCCACCAAAAAGAAAAGAGAAUUUGUGAGAGCAGAUGGAUGAUGUUUCCAUUUGGAAUGGUAUGGAACCAUAGGAAGGAUACAGAUGAGUUGAUACGAUGCUAUUAUUGUUGAUUGCUUUCUUGAUUGAGGUAUACGAUUGGGACGACGAUGCAUUGUUGAUAAUAUUGUUAAUACUGAGUCGACCGAAUUUAAACAUACGAAUGCCGUUCGAAAUGAUCUUUCGGAGUCACGUGGUCUGGGCUCUAUUAUUUUUUGAAUUGUAAGAGACCCAAUGACACAAUAUUUAUACAAAUAUUUAUUUAACAAUACCUAUACAAAAAUAUAGUAUAAUAUUUCUACUAAACUUUAAGUAACAUAAUCUUUAAAAAGUACCAACUAUAUAUUAAUCUGUAAAUUAGUAGGCGUAGCGACUUAGGCUAGACAAAAAUGAGAAACCAAGAAGUGGCGAGUCACCGUGGAGGUAUGCAGCCGUCUUUAUCGAUUUUAGAACAAUAUACGUUCGAGAUUUAUGAAUUUUAUCAAAUGUAAGUGAGUUGAUUAAUAUAUCAAAAUGCAAGUUGUGCGUUUUCGCCAAAAUAGUUGUUGACAAGUUAGUUUAUGCUUUGCCGGACAAAAAAGUCCCAGUCCGGAGGAAGAGUGGAUGAAGCAAAACUCGGCUGGGCCACUCUAGUCAAAUUAUAUCAAGCCUUCGGCUGCAAAUUAGUUAAUAUGAUUAGAAUUAAUUUAGUCCUCGGAGGAUAGCUCCGCUAAAUCUUCUUGAACUUCGAUCUACCCAUUGUUUAGUUCACUAUUCAUGAAUUCUGCUCUCUAAAAAUAAUAUUGUAUUCAUUUAAAUUCAUUCUUCCACAUUCUCAUUAGAAAUUUGUUUUCCACUAUGAGGGAUAGACGUUUCCGAAUAUUCUCACAAGAAGAAUUACCAGUGCUAUCAUCUGCUUUAAUCUUAAGACAUAUAUUUAGUGAACAUAUAUAAAUAUUUAUUACAUCUAAUGUAUGCAGAUACACAUUUUACAUUUUUAUUUAUUUAUUUCUCUAUUUAUAUAUUUAUUUUAUUUAUUCUUCGAUUGGUUGAAACUAUCGUGCAAUAUUAACAGAUUGACUGAUACAUCUUUAGAUGGAACCGUACUUUUAUUGAUUUUGAUGUUCUACAAAAACUUGUGUGAACACAUAGUUUCUUAGGUAGGUAUUCUUAUAGAAAUUUUUGAUUCAUCGCGAUGGUCAAAAAGGAUAGUACUUAUUUGGCUAUUGAAUUCGUAUCAUCGUUGUUGAACAAAUGUGAGUAUUGAGUAUUCAGUGCCAAAUUGCUUCAAUUUACAAACAAUUUUUGUCUUCAUCAACUCUGGAAUUUCAAUUUCAAAAAUGAUAACAAUUCAAUGUACAGAUAAAUAAAAGAUUAGGCAAGGUGAAAAAUAGAGGAGCACUUUGUAUAAAAUUAUCAAAGUAACAGACAAUAAUCAUUUCAAUUAAAUGAGAAGGCAAAAGGUACCCAAUUACAAUCGUCAAAUGAGUACACGAUCUUUUGUUCAAAAUCGGAAUCGUAAUUUUUUGUACUAAGCGAGUAAAACUAUUGUUCAUUAGAAUGAAACGCUUUCUUUUCUUUAGUAAUAGUGCAUUCCACGCUUGCUAAUGACAUUCCUAUGGCGCUGGAAUUAAAAAAAAAUACUAUUUUCUUAGUACUAACCAGACCGAGUGGGAGAGUGACAGCUCCCGACAUCUAUGACUAACACAAAAAAAAACGCGGUCACCCCAAUUAGAUGAGAACAGAAAUAAUGUAAUGUCUAAAUGCAGCGACGUGAUUCAAGGAUACAGGGUAUGUUUUUGCAACUAUUUGUGUAACUGUUUCUUCAUCUUGCGGGGCGGCAUUUAUUUCCGCUUCCGAAUGCGAGUCGUCGUCUCGCCAAACAGGUUGUUCGAAUCAUCAGAACGGAUUGAGCCCUAAUCUCGUCCGAACGGUCUUCUGAUUUCAGACGAUCUGAGCACUGCGCGAUCCGCGUUCGUCCUUAAAUACUUCCCCUACAAUCCUUCAUCAACACCUCCCACUACUCUCAAACUCCGCCCACCUGUACCGAACAUAAAAACGAACGGCGCGUGGAAGAGAAGCACAUUAACCCAUCCACACGAUAGAAUGAACGGUUAGUCGGAGAGCUGGCUGCAAAUUUCAACCGUCUUAUCGGAUAACGAAGAAAAUGAUUGAAAAAUUGCACUUUCCUGUGCGAUGAUCCGCACUCAAUUUCGCGAUUUGAUACAUAGAUAGGAAUUAUGUCAUCCAAUCUCACAACGCUACCUGUGCAUUACUCGAGUCAAAUUCUUGGCACAGCGAUUUAUUUGCUGCCGUGAUUCCAAUUUCCGAUCACUUUGCACAGAAUUAGUGAUCGGCACAGGUGCCGUUCGAUAAAUAUAAUUUUUUUACAUGCCUUUGGGACAUAAAACAUUUCGUUUCACAAGUUUAACGCGAGUUGGAAAUGAAUCCAUCGUUCAGAUAUUUUGGUGAUUCGAACAGCCUGUACCCAUCUCAUCCCAUGCUGUAAAUAUAUUGGGGUCCAUUCAAUGCACCGUUUUAUACAAAUGUAUUGGUCCUUUUUCUGUCACGGACAAGCGUACCUGUCUCCAGUGAAAUAAAAGAAAACAACUUUUGAUAAAUUUAGAAGCUAAAACAUUCAGGAUCAGCAGCGCUUCUGUUCGACCCAAUUCAUUAUCAUCAUUAUUGUUAGCUACGAGUAGAAAUAGGUCUUUUAGGUAUAAUGAUUAAAGGUGGAAGACGUGUGUAUGGCACUCUAUACAAACUAACAACGGACACAAUAAGAUCGUUCGAGGUACUCAUACGGAUAUAGGUGUUGAAAACGAGUCAAGUCACAAAUGUUUGAACCAUUCUAGUCAUUGAUGAUCUCAGACAGUUAUAGUUUUAGUUAUGUAGGCAGCUUCUUCGAUGAACUACCCGUACCUUUCUAAUCAAAAAGAAUUUUUAUGGCAACGACCUUCUCGCCUAGCUUUCGAGGAUUUGAAAUACAAUAAUAUUGUUAUACAAUACGCACUAAUUCAUGAAUCAUAAACUGCCUUAUUCUUUUGGAACUGAAAUCUAAUAAACAACAUAGAAACAUACUAUCAAGUAUAAUUUAGUGAUGGGAGAGUUAGUUCUCGAUUUUAUUUCUCUGUAAAUAAUAUAAUAUAUUCAUCUUCAAUUUAGAACGAAAUAUGCAGAAUCGAGGAGAAAUAAUGAUAUUUGAAUUACAAUUACUAAUCUAUUUCUGUGGAUACCACACUUCUCAUCUCCCAUCACUUAUAUCUAAUGAAGAUUCACGUUGAAAAAUCAAAAAAGAACUGAUGAGAUAUAUACCCUGCACAUUUGAAUUAAAUGCCAAAAUAAGGGUUCCAACUUAGUUGUUGUUAGAUUUUCUACUGUCUCAGUUUUUCGCCAAAGAAUUGUUACCUGAUGUUAUUUUUUAUGCUUUAUUAUAUGUAGGUGUUUAAAGGUUUUCUGGCAGCGAAGUAGGCAAUAAUUUAUUGGUGAGACCCACGUCAAAGCCCUGCCCUCUAGUCCCCAAAUAUAGUUAUUACUAUCAAAUUCAUUUCCAUGAUUUAGUGAAGGAGAAAUCAAAAUUCAACUGGUAAUGACUUCAUAUGCACACACAAUAAGCUUCCUUAAAUAUUGAUAAUGAUAAUAGGAAAAUCGCCCGGGCCUAGAAAUUUACAUUUAGAGACAAUUAAGUACAAACAUGCCCUGCACUGCAUGUAUCAUUCCACCACACAUACCCUAAACUGCAUGUAUCAUUCCACCACACAUCUAUUCUGGAAAAGAAAUUAGCCACUCAGUGUAUAUCUUUCAUUGCGACGAGUGUGGUAAACAGUUUUGAUGUAAUUUCGGCUUUCCUGAUAGAUGUCAAUCAUUCAAUCAGAUGAAGCUGAAAAUCACUGUUGAAAUAUGUAUAUUUCGACUCAUCAUCGAUUUAUUGCUGAUUUCGCCAUCAGAAAACGCCUACACUGAACGUGUCAUAAAUCCUCACACUUGUGACUUACUGAUUUCGUCAAACCGUCUUUAGAAUGCUAGGACCAAAAAUGCAAAAUGGUGAACUGUUUUUUUCUAGUCAGUUAACAGACGUUUAAUUUAUUCUACUAUUUAUUUGUACUCUAGUUAGAGUUAGGACCUCGUUUACAUAACGAUAUAUUAUCCUCAUGCUUCUACAUACGAGGAAUUUAAUAUAUUUCACAUGCUUGAAUACAGUAUUAGAGAUUUUUCGCGUGUAUUUAUCUACUAAGAGCAGAACUAAAAGGUGCGAGUACCUGCCAUAUCAUCAUUUGUCAUCAAUUUUAAGGUUGUAUAGCCAUAUACUCCGUUGCAUGUCAAGUUUUAUUACAUUUUACACAAACUAAUUAUGAAUGAAAUUAUCAACAAUAUAUUAUAUAAUAAUUAUAAUAGUAGAUAAUUUGAAUAAAAAAUAUUUAUAACCCGCUGAAUAACUUGUAAUAUGAUAUUGUAAAAACAUAUGAGUAAAUUAGACAAAUGAAUGCGUGACACUUUCGAUCCAUGCAAGUAUGAAAUUAUAAUAUUUUUUUUACACUGUCAAUUUUGCUGGUGUUUAAUAGUUCAUACAGUAAAUGCCAAUGAGAAGUCAUUAGUUUUACAGUAACAAAAAAAAAAUCGGGAUAUUUGAAUAUUGUAUUAUAUAAAAAGCCAUUGUAUAAUUACUUAAGACAGGUUUUUUCAAUCCGACCCUUGAUUCUGAAACAUGUCGAAGAAUUUCUAUAUACCUAUUAGUCCAUGAAAUUGAAUUCACGAAAAUUCAUACAUCAUGUACUAUAAGAAAUAUACCUAUAUAAUAUACUUUUAACGAUAAUAAUAUUGAAUUCUCUACAUAUUUCAGAUCAUACGGAUUACCAUGUAUCAUGACAUGACAGUCUAUUCAGAGCGUACUCAAAAUGCUCAAAAGUAAACUUCAAUAUAAUCUAAUGUGUAUACUUAUUACAAGUCUUUUCUAAAGAUGUCAUGUCACUAUUUAUUAUCAUCAUUAUCAUUAUUAUUAUUAUUAUUACAUUUAUUAUUACUAACUUUUUCCAAUAUGAAUCCAACUCAAAUGUUUACAACUUAUAUAUAAAUAUGAAUUUUGAAUUUAGUACACUAAGAUUGAAAGUUAUUAAUUGGCUUGGAUUCAUUUAGGAAAGCUAUCCAGUUCAUAUGAAAC